ACAACGGUCGUCACGUUUUGAGAGCCACACAAAUACUAAUUAGUUAGCAACGUUGCUCUUCAUUUUCGGUUUGCACUCGCUACAUCAUUUGAGAAGACUAGACCUGUAGAUAUGUUGAAGAACAAGACGGAGCUAAAAACACAAGGCUUCACCGUGAAGGCCACUAUGAAGAACUCCGUGGUGGUGGGUCCUCCAGCUGCAGGGGCUUUUCGGGAACGUCCUUCUAAACCAACCAACUUUCGCAAAUUCUAUGAGCGGGGAGAGUUUCCGAUGGCACUGGAGCAUGACACCAAAGGCAACCGCAUUGCAUGGAAGGUGGAGAUCGAGAAGCUGGACUACCACCACUACCUGCCUCUGUUCUUUGAUGGCUUAUGUGAGACUAUUCAUCCGUACGAGUUCUUCGCCCGCCAGGGAGUCCAUGACAUGCUGGAGCACGGAGGCCCCAAGAUCCAGCCCGUCAUUCCCCAGCUCAUCAUCCCCAUCAAGAAUGCCCUGAACACGAGGAACCGUCAGGUGAUCUGCACCACGCUUAAAGUCCUGCAGCAUCUGGUGAUGUCUGGAGACAUGGUGGGAGAGGCUCUGGUGCCCUACUACAGACAGAUCCUCCCCAUUCUCAACAUCUUCAAGAACAUGAACAUCAACUCUGGAGAUGGAAUCGACUACAGCCAGCAGAAGAGAGAGAACAUCGGUGACCUGAUCCAGGAGACUCUGGAGGUGUUUGAGCGCUACGGAGGAGAGGACGCCUUCAUAAAUAUCAAAUACAUGGUGCCCACCUACGAGUCCUGCAUGAUCAGCUGAGGAGGGCUGUCACCUUUGACGUUACACAGACUCUUGACUUUACUUCUUUUCCACUCUUUUUUAUCUGCCCCCCCCGACCAUCACCUCUACAUGAAACCCUUAUCUUAUCCCUUUUUUAUCCUUGCUUUCCCCUAAUCUCAACCCGACUCCACUUGUUCUCUCUUUCUUUCUGAACCCAGCACUACGUCCUCUGCUCGGUUUUGCUCCACUCCAUGAGCUCCAACCCACUGCUCCUACCUGUCUACCUCCCCCCGGCUCUUUAGCAUCCUUUUUAAAUUCUUAUUAAAUU